CAGGGAGAACAACAGAGCGGGGUUGGAGCCCAUUGAAAACGCAAAGGAACUGGACAGGCAGAACGGGGUUAUUCAGGGUGGGAUUAGGGCAGAGCACGGGGUGACCGUAUCGUGACGGCUGGAAAACACAGGAAUCUCGUGGUAGCAGAGAGCCAAGGGACAGGCAGCACAUCAAACAGGCCGUGGGGAGGGAGGCAGCGCGGGGAGAGCCGGGGAUGGAGGCUCAGGCUCCUCGUGCCCGGCUCCAGGAAUGUCCCGGUUCCCCUCGUGAUUGGCUGCGGGAUGGAGGAGUCAGUUUUCACGGGGGCUGAUUAAAAAGUUCCCUUUUGCUUUCCAAAGUCUCUGUCUGAGCUGAGCCAUCGGGAAGAGGAGGCCGGGCGCUCUCACAUUCCUGGGGAAAACUGCUCCGAGGAGAUGAGAAGGCUCCUCUCCCCAAGGAUACACGGCCAGGAACAGGCUCCGAGGGGCCGCUUUCCUUCUUUUCUCUCCCGGGCCGAGCGCAGCAGCUCUCAUUCCUGGCAUGCGGCUCAUCCCUCAGGAUACCAUGUCCCAGUAUUCCACUAACUUCCUCCUGCUGCCCAUCCCGGAGUACCCCGUGGGUGACCUUGCGCCCAACAAGAUCAUCAAGCUCGUGGUGCUGGGCGGCAGCAGCGUCGGCAAGACAGCCCUGGUUGUGCGUUUUCUCACCAAGAGAUUUAUUGGGGACUAUGAAGCCAACACUGGUGCUCUGUAUUCCAGGAAGUUCACCAUCGAUGGGGAACAGAUCUCUCUGCAGGUGCAGGACACUCCCUUUGUCUCACUGGAGGAUGACACCGACAGCAUCUGCUGCCAGGAGCAGAUAAACCGCUCCAUCUACUGGGCCGACGGCUUCGUGUUCGUGUACUCCAUCACGGACUACGAGAGCUACCGCGUGCUGCGCCCGCUGCACCAGCACAUCCGCAGGAUCCACCCCAACGCCAACAUCCCCCUGCUGCUCGUGGCCAACAAGGGCGACCUGCUGCGGGCCAGGCAGGUGUCCUCCAAGGAGGGGCUGCAGCUGGCCGGGGAGCUGGGGGGCACUUACCACGAGGUGUCGGCCCGGGAGAACUGCGAGGGCGUGCACGAGGCCUUCCAGCAGCUGUGCCAGGAGCUCAGCAGGAUCAUCGGCAGCUGCAACGGAGAGAAACGCCGCGGCCUCCACCUCGUCCGGCCCAAGUCCCCCAACAUGCAGGACCUGAAGAGGCGCUUGAAACAGGCCCUGACCUCCAAAGGGAAAUCUGCCACCACGCUCUGAGGGAGCCACAGCAAUUGUUUUCCCUGGAAAGGCAACGAGCUGUAACAAUUCAGGUUGUGUGAGAGGCUCUUCCACUUGGUCUUCACAUCUUCCCUAUAAAGUCUGAGCUGUUUCUGCAAAGGAAGCUACAGAACUUACUGGGUCUGCAGAGGAACUCACAGAAUUUGCUCUUUGAGGGAAGAAUUUGCAAACUGCGAUUUUAAAAAAUAGGUUUUGUUCCCAGUUAUUUCCAUUUUGAAAGGGGCAUAGUCAAAUGGUUUAGUCUUCAAAAGCGGAUUUCAUUAAUAAAAGUAAUUAAAUCCUG